CAGUUUGACAUACUACGCAUUCCGAUCGGUCACCUCCGUGAAGAUUUUAAGCCGUAUACGUUUGCUUAUUUCGUUUAUUGGUAACAUAUUUGUUGGUAAAUAUAAAUUUUCUUCAUACGGAAAACCGAAGAUGAUGAAAAAUCGAUUUGGAAAAUCCGGAAAGCACCGAAAAUUAACUGAUGAUUGGUCAGGAAAUAAGGAGCCAUUAUUAGAUGGAGUUACAUUCACUGUUAAAUAUCUUGGUAUGUGUUCCAUUGAUCUACCGAAUGACGAGGCAGCCACUGCAGAAGCAGUCAAACAAAUUGUUGCACAGAGUAAAGCGCAACCAUACAAAGUUCAAAAAGUGUCCUUAACAGUCUCACCAAAAGGUAUUAAACAGGUUGACCUGGCUACUAAAGAAGAAAUUGAUGAAGUCCCUAUAUUUAGAAUUUCCUACUGUACAGCUGAUAAAAAUCAUGAUAAAGUAUUUGGGUACAUCACAAAAAAUGUAGACACAGAUGGUUUAGAGUGUCAUGCUUUUCAGUGUGUGAAACGAAAACAGGCAGAAGAGUUAACUUUAUCAGUAGCACGGUCAUUUAACAUAGCAUUUGAAUGCUGGGAUGACUCAAAUGAACAAGAAGAUCUAGCGCCAUAUGAAACAGGGUCACCCAAUAAAAUGUCAGCACCACAAGCAAUACCUGGUAUCAAUAAUACAAACACACAUACAUCAUCAACCAAGUCAUCUCCAUCGUUGUCGCCAUCACCAUCACCAUCACCGUCUCCAUCACCACAGAAUACAAGCCCAAUGAAAAAAGGUUCACCAUUUUCAUUAAGUCCUCCACCAAAAAAUCCAAGACAUCCAAAAGUUUCAUCAUCAGCACCAUCAUCAUCCCAUAUGAUUGACAGACAUCAUAAUAACAAUGUACGUGUUGCUAAAUUAUUAGAUGUAGUAGCGACGGAUCAUACUACAACACAGUCGCAGAGUGAUAGCGUUGAUGCCGCUUCUCAGCUCAUGGCCAAAUGGGGUAUUGAUGACAGUAAUCUUGAUGAUAGUUUCUCAAAACUUGCUCAGACAAGGUCCAAUCCUGGAUUACUUGAGACGAAUGUGAAAAGUAAUGGUUUCAAUAGGACCAAUAAUUCGUCCAGUGGAAACUCAUCUGGAAACGCAUCAAAUGAAGAACUAUUAUGUCUAUAAGCGAGUACCGUAUUUGUCUUCAAUUAGGCGCCACUUUGUUACACUUUCAUGUCAUGGUGGCGCUUAUUUGUGGUUAAAUUUGAGCAACUUUGUUUCAAAUGGCGCUUAUUUCAAGCACUUCAAGUUCUAGUACCGGUAAUUGUGUUCCAA